UUUUGAGCUUCCAGAUACCUCGAAAUUCCGCUAGUAGUUCAAACUACGAACAACAGGCCACCUGCCUGGAAAGUUCACCAGAGCAGAAGCUCUGAAGGCGGAGAAAAAGCAAAUAGUGUGGGGGUGGGCCUGCAGAAUGGCACGGUUCCCUUUUCGAUCCUGUCCACCCUCCACUUGCUAAGAACAGCUUCAUCCCAAAUAUCCGCGCUCGCUCUGAGCCUUCACCACAAUGACGACCAUCGAACAAACUCCCCUACUACCGCAAGAUCUCGAAGAUGGCGCCUCAAGCGCGAUCCCCGAGCCCGAGCUCGCCCGCCCCGAAGGCAUCACCGAAGUGAAAGCUCCCCGAGCACCAGCACUUCUAUCUAACACCCCUCAGUCCCAAGCAAUCCGCACACCCUCCCUGCUCUUCAUCUCCGGGCAGAUGUCACGCGACCAACGGCGCGAUGGAGGCGUGAUACGCAUCAUGCAGCCUGUUGAUGCCAUUGAGCAGUGCAUGCAUGAUAUCUCUGCCAUUCUGGUUGCGGGAGGAAGUUCGUUCCAGCAAGUUGUGAAGGUCACGGUGUAUAUUUUGGCUGAUCUGCCGAGUGGAUAUCGAGAUAUCUUUGAGAUGGUUUACAAGGCGUAUUUUGAGAGUAAGCCGGCGAGGACUGUGGUGGAGGUCUCGAAGCUGGAGUAUAGUUCGAGGAUUGCGUUGGAUGUUAUUGCGAUGGUUUAG